UGGUGACUAUCUCAUGGAGUUGGAGAUCGGCACACCACCAGUAAAGAUGGUGGCCAUCGCCGACACUGGCAGUGACCUAGUAUGGGUCCAGUGCAAACCUUGCGACCAGUGCUAUAAUCAAACUGAUCCCAUUUUCGAUCCCAGCAAAUCAUCCACCUUCAAAGGCUCAGUUUCAUGCAAAGAUGACAUUUGUCUUGCAAUCCCAACCCCAAUCUGCCUCAAUAACCAAUGCAACUACGUGUACGAAUACGCCGACGGUUCUUUAACGACUGGGAACCUCUCUAGGGACACAUUCACCUUCUCUUCAGGCUCAAACGAGUCCUCCUCCUCCAUCCCCGGAAUAGCCUUCGGCUGUUCUCAUGACAGCGCCAGCGCGGGUUCAUUCGAGCCGAAUGUAGACGGGCUGGUCGGUCUGGGAAGUGGAGGUGCGUCACUAGUGAGGCAAUUGGACUCCUCCAUUCAUGGAAAAUUCUCUUACUGUUUGGCUCCAUACACCGAGAACACCACUUCAACUCUCAACUUCGGCGAUAACGCACUUGUUAAUGACCCUGGCUUUAUCACCAUUCCCAUGGUCCGCCGUUCUGUUACCUUCUACGUUGUCAAGCUCCAGUCCAUCGCUGUAGGGAAAGAUACCAUUCCAAAUGAAUCUCUUGAUACAAAUAUCAUAGUCGACUCGGGCACGACCAUCAGCUUCAUACCAGACAUCCCGUUGAAAAAAUUGAUCGAUGACCUGUCCAAAAUGGUCAAUCUCACCCGAACUAAUGAUCCUCAAAACUACUUUUCACUUUGUUAUUCCCACCCUAUCAAAGAUCCACCCUAUCCCUUCCCGGACAUCACUUUCACCUUCGAUAAGCCGCCCCAUGAUGGGGCAUCGAUAGUGCUGACUCCCAUGCAGGCGUUCAUCUACGUCUCCGAUAAUGUACUAUGCUUGGCCUUGCAAGACAAGAACCAGGUGGGCAUUUCCAUUCUUGGUAACGUAGCGCAGCAGAACAUGCACGUUGGCUACGAUCUCAACAAUAACGUGCUUUCCAUGGCUCCUGCUAAUUGUUCCAAAUUCUAGACUA